AUGCUUGUCACCCUUGGGGCCCGUCGCUUAUUAAGGGUAGCGCGGACACCGGUACUUCGUGUCCAGCAAUGCGGGUUUCAUUAUGAUGGAAGAAACCGGGUCUCAAAUUUCUGGAUUCCGACUGGAGGUAUCUCCAAAAAACCAGUCGAUGGUCAAAAAGAGGAUGCCAAUGAUCUAUUAAUUCGAGCCGGAUUUCUUCGCCAGGCCUAUUCUGGAGUGUUUCAUAUGCUUCCCCUGGGACUGCGAGUACAGGACAAGCUCGAACGCCUUAUUGACAAGCAUAUGCGCUCAUUAGGUGCAUCCAAAGUGUCCUUGUCUUCAAUAUCCUCACAGGAGCUAUGGGAAAAGUCCGGUCGGUUAAACGCCAGCUCUGAGGAGGUAUUUCGACUCCACGAUCGCAAAGAUACCCGUUUUCUCCUUGCUCCGACUCAUGAGGAGGAAAUUACUACACUCGUCGGAAGCCUCACCACCUCUUACAAGAGCCUCCCUCUGCGAGUGUAUCAAAUCACGAGAAAGUACCGAGAUGAAGCCCGGCCUCGGCAAGGUCUCCUUCGUGGCCGCGAAUUCAUCAUGAAAGAUCUAUACACAUUUGAUUACAACGUUCAAGAAGCACUGAAAACUUACCAAGCGGUUAAAUACGCUUAUACACAGCUUUUUGAUGAGCUUAAGGUCCCCUAUCUCGUUGCUGCUGCUGACUCAGGAAACAUGGGUGGCAGCCUUAGCCAUGAAUUUCACUUUAUCAGCUCGAAAGGUGAAGAUCGCGUGGUGAGCUGCUCACACUGUGAUCACGUUUACAAUGAGGAACUUGCAGAUGGAAAAGCCCACAGUUUUAAUGAAUCUGCAGAGCCAAACAACGUCCCAGGCUUCCAGACCGAGGACGCAUCAACGGAUGUCACCCCAACAGUCUCCACAGGCAUGUGGAUGGCUAUCUCACAUGACGGUAAUACUCUUAUACGCGGCUGGUACCCUAAAUUCUCUAUGCAAAGCGGGUCUCAAGAGCCCGUUGAGCGCCAUGUCAACUCGCACGCUGUCAAGGCAAUCGCCACUGCUGCAGGUGUGGAUCUCGACCUGAGUGUGGAGAACCCAUUGGAAAAAUGGGUUGCGCGUGUUAAAUCUCGUCCGGUGAAUGUGAAACCCCGUGUUCUUGAUCUGUAUGACUCGCAAGUGCGAGUGUACCAGCGUCCGCCAUUGAGCGAUCUCCUCCAGAAAGCAGAGUGCACCGUCGCCGACAUCGAAUACUCGAUGCUGGACCGGUUCCCUAAUGCACCAAACAAACUCAGUCUGAUCCGCGUGCACGAUGAAGACAAAUGCUCGCAGUGUGCAGAUGGACUAUUAACCAGCAACCCGGCAGUAGAGCUCGGACACACAUUCCACUUGGGCACUCGGUAUAGCGAGGUGCUGCAGGCAUCAGUGUCGGUCAACCCAGCUCUUCUUGAGGGCGCAUCCCCGUCAGAUGUCAAGUCGGGCAAGGAACAGAUUGUGCCGAUGCAGAUGGGCUGUCAUGGAAUCGGCGUUUCACGUAUGGUCUCUGCCGUGGCUAAUCGACUGGUCGAUUCCAAGGGGCUUAAUUGGCCCCGUGUCAUUGCUCCCUAUGAAGCCGUGGUAGUCCCAGGCAAGGGACUGGAAUCCGUUGCCGAACAGGUUUAUGAUGACCUUACUGCACGAGCUACGCCCAUAGACACGCUCCUGGAUGAUCGUGACAAGGGCAUGGGCUGGAAGCUCGGGGAUGCGGAUCUGAUCGGAUAUCCCAUAAUUAUUGUUGUGGGCAAUGGCUGGAAGAAGAACCAGACUGUCGAGGUGCAAUGUCGACAACUUGAUGUGAAGAAGGAUGUCUCCAUGGAGCAACUGCCCGAGUUCGUUGAAAGUCUGCUGACACAGCUGUGA